AUGGAUGCCCCCAAGCCCCUGGGCGCCUCUGGACGCUCCGCGACUGCUGGUUCUGGGAGCACCCUCACCCCCGUCAAGACAACCCGCACGGCCGACUCGUCCGACGCCGAUACCCUCGGGGAGAACAAGGACUAUAAUAACGAUGGCGAAAAGCCUGGCUCGGCGUCCAGCGUCACUACCGUCGCGCUUUCCGAGGAUGAGGUCCGCGCCGCUCUCCGCGCCCUCAUCGAGGAGCACGAGAUGGAUCAAAACUUCUGCCACGAUACCCUCAACCGAGCCAGGAAAUACCUCGCGAAGCUUCCUCCACCAGGUAAGACCCCGGCCGAAGCAGGCGCGGACAUCGAGUCCGGACAGUCCAUCCUCGACGACUUCAAGGCCCAGGAGGAGCUCGCCCGCAACGACUCGGCGUACCCCGAGGUCCGCGCCGUCGUCGACCCAACCGACGACCCCACGCUGCCCGUGGCGACGUUCCGCGUCUUCUUCCUCGGCACCUUCUUCUGCCUCUUUGGCGCGGCGCUGCACCAGUUCUUCUCCCUGCGCAUGCCCACCAUCCACAUCAGCACGCAUGUCGUGCAGCUGCUCACCCUCCCCAUGGGCCUCUUCCUCGCGCGGUUCCUGCCCAAGCGCGUCUGGACGCUCCGUCUCCCUCGCACGGCCAAGUCCUGGAGCUUCAGCUUGAACCCGGGCCCGUUCAACCAAAAGGAGCAUCUCCUCAUCGCCAUCAUGGCCAACGUCUCGUUUGCCGGCCACCAUAACGGCGCCUACGUCAUCUCCAUCAUCCAGGUCCUGAAGCUUCCCAUGUUCUAUGGCGAAAAGGUCCUCUCCAACAGCGUUCCGUGGCAGGUCAUCACCGUCCUCGCCACGCAGCUUCUUGGCUACGGCUGCGCAGGCGUGGCCCGCCGGUUCCUCGUCUAUCCCCCGGCCAUGAUCUGGCCCAGGGCGUUGGGUAACAUUGCGUUGGCCAAGGCGCUUCAUUCGGAUAGGGGCCUCAAGUCGCUGCCGGCCGUCAAUGGCUGGACCAUGACACGGUAUCGCUUCUUCGCCAUCGCCUUCGGCGGCAUGUUUCUCUGGUUCUGGAUCCCCAAUUACCUAUUCCAAGCCAUUUCACUCUUCAACUGGCCGACGUGGAUCUCCCCCGGCAGCGUCACGCUCGCCCUCGUCAUGGGCAGCACUUGCGGCCUCGGCAUCAACCCGCUCUCUUCGCUGGACUGGAACGUCGCCACACACCACGCCGACCCCAUCGUCACGCCACUCUUCGCGCUGUCAAACUACGCGACGGGCAUGGCCAUCUUUGGUUUCAUCGUCGCCCCGAUCAUAUACUUCAAGAACUUUUGGAACACGGGCUACCUCCCCAUCAACAGCAACAAGCCUUUUGACAACACUGGCGGACGCUACAAUAUCAGCCGCAUUGUCGGCCCGGAUCUGACCAUUAACGAGGCUGCUUACUACGACUACAGCGUGCCGUGGCUGUCUGCUACCAAGGUCAUAUACCUAGCCGUGUACUUUUGCCUGUAUGCCUCGUUACCGGUGCACCUCGCGCUCUGGUUCCGCAGGGACAUCGUCAGGGGGUUCCGGGGCUUCUUUAGCCGCAACAAGGACCGGCAGCACAAGUUCGACGACAUUCACAACCGUCUCAUGGAGGCGUACGAGGAAUGCCCGCACUGGUGGUAUCUCGCGACGCUGGGAAUCUCCUUGAUCUUUGCCAUCCUCUCUGCCGUCUUGUGGCCGACGGACAUGCCCGUGUGGGGCAUCUUCCUCGCCGUUACCUUCACCCUCGCUCUGCAGAUCCCCCUGGGCAUGCUCCUCGCCAUCACCAACAAGGAGGUGUCCACGGCCAUCCUGGCCAUGGUCGUCGGCGGAUACGUGCUCGAGGGCCGGACGGUGCCCAACAUGAUCUUCAAGAUGUACACCUUCAUGUCCACGUCCCAGUCGCUGCACUUCAUCGGAGACUUGAAGAUUGCUCAUUAUGCCAAGCUACCGCCGCGCUGGGUCUUUGCGGCGCAGAUGUAUGCCACCAUCUUGGCCGCGUUCGUCUCACUCGGCGUGAACCACUGGCAGCUGCGCAACAUCCCUAACAUUUGUCGCGACAACCAAAAGGACCGUUUCUCGUGCCCCUCCACCCACUCAUACUACCUCACCACGGUCCUCUGGGGCGUUGUCGGGCCUCGACGGCUCUUCGGAGCCGAGGGCCACUACAGGCCCAUCACCUACUUCGUGCCCAUCGGCAUCGCCCUCCCCGCCAUCACGUACUACUUUGCGAGGCGGUGGCCCACGUCCUUCUGGCGCCGCUUCAACGCGCCCGUCUUCUUCGGCGGUGCGCUGGGCUGGGCCCCGUACAACUGGACGUAUAUCCACGGCUCUAUCAUCCUGGGCGUCGUUUUCAACUUCUUCAUCAAGAAGCGCGCCGAGGGCUGGUGGGGGCGGUACGCGUACGUCAUGUCGGGCUCGUUCCAGGCGGCCUGCGGCGUCGCGGCGCUCGUCAUGUAUUUCUGCUUGCAGGCCUGGAACAUCAACAUCAACUGGGUUGGCAACACUAUUGGAAAGCAGGGCGUCGAUGGAGGCGGCUGGAGAGACGCAGCGGGACACAAGGUCAAGUGCGCGAACCUCCACCUUGCCCCAGGCGCUCAUUUCUCCAACGGCUUCGAGUAUCAUCAUUGACAGUGAGUGGGCCACGGGGGCGGUUUCGACCUGCCCUGAGCCGGAAUGGGAGUGAGCCGUUGACUUUGGAUUUUCACUUUGGGCCUUGAUCUUGUUGUAAUUUUAUACGUUCCGGCAGGCACGGGCAUAGAGGAGACGACGGGUUCUGUCGAGACGGCACGGCGGUCUUUUCCCAAGAUGUUCUAAUGAGCGGGUAGAAACUCGAUGGC